AUGUUCUCCUUCAUAUGGUGGAUAAUUGGAUUUUACUGGAUAUCUGCUGGGGGUGAAGAGGUUAUCCGUGAUGCACCUCAACUAUACUGGCUUUGCAUAGUCUUCCUGGCGUUUGAUGUGUUCUUUGUUGUUUUCUGUGUCGCUCUGGCUUGCAUUAUUGGUAUUGCCGUUUGUUGCUGCCUCCCUUGCAUUAUAGCAAUUCUGUAUGCUGUCUCUGAUCAGGAAGGAGCAUCUGAAGAUGACAUUCGCCAAAUUCCGAAAUACAAAUUCCGUAGGAUGGAUGAACCUGAAAAGGAUUCCGCUGAUGCCACUGAGUCUUCUGGUGGAAUAAUGAUAGAGUGUGGCACGAACCAACCAAUAGAGAAAGCACUUGCAGCUGAAGAUGCAAACUACGGGAACUCCCUUGUGGCCACCAUUUCCACUGUGCCUGCAUUGACAAGUGGCUGCACAUCAAUGCAACAUGCCCCCUGUGCAAGUUCAGUAUCCGGAAGGGCGGCAGCAGCAGCGGAAGCGAGGAAGUAUAAAUGUAUCCCACUUGAGAAUGCCAUCGGUUCCGACUUCACGCCUGAGUCCUCGCUAAUGUGGUGUGACUAA